ACCUGCGGCUGCUGAACACAUGAUCUAAAAGCGACCGUGUGGGCUUUCCCGAAAGGCAGUGCGCGCGUGUUUCACAGAGGUCGUCAAAAUGGCGGCGAGGGCGCCUGCUGCAGCCAGCGGUAGGCUCCUUGAUCGUGUUCGCAAGUGGUAUUACAAUGCAGCUGGAUUCAACAAACUUGGACUUAUGAGAGAUGAUACAAUGUAUGAAGAUGAAGAUGUAAAGGAAGCACUAAAGAGGCUUCCUGAAGAUGCAUAUAAUGAGAGACUGUUUCGCAUCAAGAGGGCGUUGGACUUGUCCAUGAGACACCAAAUACUUCCUAAAGAACAGUGGGUAAAAUAUGAAGAGGAUAGAUAUUAUCUUGAGCCAUACCUGAAAGAAGUCAUUCGUGAACGACGCGAAAGAGAAGAGUGGGAGAAGAAAUAAGUGCUGCUAUGAUUCACUUCAGCAAAUGUUUUCUUUAAAGUUUUAAAUUAUAUUGUUCAGGUAGGGAGUCUACUGAGAAAAUCUGGAUGCUGAGAAAUCCAUGUAAAUCUUUCCUCGCUUAUGUUCAUCCAACUAAAAUAAACAUUACAGAAUCUACUUGGAAUCCUUUCUCCUAAAUUGCAAGGAAUUGGUUCAAGUCUUUUCAGCUUCAUUGCAUGCUAACAUGGUGAUCUGUGAUCUGCAUUCCAGCUGUUUGAGUAAUUCUUUUUGUCAUAAUACAGCUGUUUCCUGCAGCUGGGAAAGUAGAUAAGCAACAACCUUUGCUGUUUGUUUAUGCUCUUCUGAUUCAUUUCUUAAAAGAGAUGCCCAUCUGUGGAAUGACUGUAUAUAGCCAUCAUCGCCUCUUGUCUCUGGAGGUGGGAAUGCAGGCAGACAGUGCAAUAUUCGGCAGCGGCAACACUAGAUAGGGAUUAUGUAAUCCCUAUCGUGUCUACCCAAACAAAUGAAAUGCUGCAUUAAUAGAUGCUCUUGGAAUUUGUGUUUCCUGCCAAUCUUUAAAUAAAAGCAAUUGCCUCAUUUAA